AUGUCCAGCACCAACUCUCAUCUUAUGAAGACCACCCGACGGGGCAGGCCAUUUGUCAAGGAUACCCAUGACCUUUUCUGUACACUCGUCGUCAGUCUCACCUUUGGCACACACCGAAACUUUUUCAAAGUCUAUCCCAACAGUUUCACUACCGACGAUGCCUGUUCAAACCUCUCAUCGCUCAAAUUUUCCCAAUCUACCCGUGCGGCUGAUCCGAAUGACCCCACCCGCAUCAUCACUACCACAACAACCACUACCUUUUCCAUGUCUCGUGAUAUGGCCAAGGGUAUCUGCCAGCACUUUCUGGACUGCCGUCUGAUAGAAAACGCCACCGACCUCAUGUCGGGAACAUUCAAGGACAGAGGUAUCUACAUGUUGACUCCCAAGGGACUUCACAUCCUCGAGCGUUUCGUCAGCAAAAACGGCAUCACCGCCGACCACUUGCUAAACGUCUUUGCUACCCAGCCUAUCACCAUGAGACUCCUACACCUCGAGCGACGUUCGGGCGACGACGAGAUCAUCAUCACCCGCGGUGUCAUUGAAGUACUCUUCAGGCGUUUCAUCGGUCGUGAACCAAACUUGACCAAGCUGAGCGACGACGAGGUGAUCACCCACUACUACUCGAGGUUCUACACCAAGACCCCGCCCCUCCCUGCAGGCGAAACUCUCGACAGGUCUGAGGGUAUCAUCAUCAGGAAGAGCCAGGACAAGGAUGACUAUCACUUCUCUUCUCGAAGUGCCAUCGAGUGGAUGUUGGAUUUCACUUCUGCGACUGGUGUGGACGAGGCUGCCGACGUGAUGGGUCAAUUCGUGCGAUACGGAUUGAUCACCCUUGUCAGUGACAAGGGCAAACCCAAGGACGGAAACUUAGUCGUGACUGUCAGGGGUGGUGGUGCUGGAGGUGGUGCCGGGGCCAUUAUGCAAGAAGCCGAGUUCCGAGCGACCGAGCGCGCCAUCUACAAGGUGACCAGGGAGGGCAUGAUUGCCGCCAAAUGGCACGAACCCACUUCCAACGCCUCUGCUGGCGUGUCCAAGCCCAACCUUCAUGCGGAGAACCCCUCUGCCGCUUCCAAGGGCCGCUCCUCCCAUGAGGUUCAGCCCUCCGUCUCCUUCAAACGCCGAAACUCCGCGUCGGACCGCUUCAGGAGCGACUUUGACCUUUCGGGUGUGCCGGGUGGUGAUAACCACGUAAAAGACAGCCACACUGCGAGGUUGAAGCAGAUCCUCGAGGAACCUGCUCUGAGGAGCUUGUUCCGAGAGUUCUUGAGAGCCAACUUUUGUGAAGAGAAUCUGAGUUUCUGGUUGGAUGUCCAAGAUUUCAAGAGGCGCUUCCAGACGACGAGUUCUGCUGUGGCUGCCCCUGGGUCCAAGAGCAAGGUGUCGGGGCACCAGGCUAUGGAAAAGCAUCAGCAGGAUCUGAUCGCCAUGGCCUUUGUCAUCUACAACACCUACCUCGCUCCCGCUUCUCCCUGUGAGCUCAACAUUGACCACAAUCUCCGAGCCGACCUCGUCUCCUACAUGAACCAAAUCACCGCCGACAAGGAGGCUGGUGUCAAAGGUCAUAUCGAGCCCGGAAUCGGAAACACACUGCAUGCUAGCCAGCUGCAGACUAUGGUCAAGCUUUACGAGCGGAUCCAGGUGUACAUCUUUAGGCUCAUGGCGACCGACUCUGUACCCAAGUUUUGUAAGACUGAGCGAUUCCUCGCUCUUAUGCAGCAGUUCUCAGAUUACGACAAGGAUGACACGAAGGGCCUCGAAGGCAAGGCUGCCAACCUGUCCAUCAACCCUCGUAAAGCUCCUGUGGAAGAAGAUGACCCUGGAAGUCCUACUCGAGCCUACCUCACCAUCUCUCAGGCAAGUUUACCCAAAUUUCUGAUGGGACUCGGCUGA